UUUCCUUCCUUCUCCCCCUUCAACCCGCGCUUCCUCCCCAUCCCAGGGGUGAUCCCCUCCUGCUCUCCCUCCCGCUGCCCUGAUCCCAAGCCCUCUCCCCUCACUCCUUGCACCCACCGGCACCCUCCCUGCUCCCACCCGUGCCCGGAUCCCGCCGCGGGGCCGCGUGUGGUGCCCCCGCCCCGUGACUCUCACUUGGUUGCGCUGGAAACGCCACCGAGCCCAAAACACUUUCCUUGCCCGUUCCGGUCAUCCCACAGCUGGGACAAACCCUGCUCCGGGCAGGGCUUGUGCAACUGGGAAGCGUUGCUCCAUAGCUCCCUUCCUGCCCCACGCCUUCCCACCCCGGGGCUGCUUUCUUUCCCGUUGUUUUCCUCCCCUGGGCAGGAUGCAGCCCCCUGAAACGCAGCGGGAGGAGGUGGCUGCAGCCCCUGGACCCUCCAUGGGAUGAGCCUGCAGCUCUCAGCAGAAUUCCCAGCUUCCCAUGGCUCUUUUCUCCUCUGGGACGAGCCCGCUGCAAUAGCACAGCUGGAAACAAUCGGCAGGAUUUCACCCGGUGACUCAGAGCGGGUCUGUUGUCUUCCCAAAUCCGAGGGACCGAGCAGCCCCCAAAACUCCCCUCUCCUGGGGACACUGUCACAGUCAGGAUGGGGGGACGCAGAGGCCAGACCUGCCUCUAUCUGUCAAUUUAAAUCAGGAUGUUCGGGUGUGUUUAAGAUGCCAGGUGCAUCUUCCCAGCAAAGAAAUCCCGCAAUUCUCCGAGGAAAAACGCCGGGGUAUCACCACCGGGGGGGUUCCCCGUCCCUGUGUUCCGAUCCCAGGACACGGGGCCCUGGGUGCCUCCCCAGCCUGUCAGUGCAUCAUUUGGACAACGAGAACACCCACCCGCCCACGGCAGGGAGCUGUGAAUCCCCAAAUCCCGCCGCCUGGAAAGAGUGAAAGGCUUAAAGCCCGGUGGGUGUUUAGUCUGGGGAAACCGGAGCUGGGGAAGACGCGGGAAAGGACACUGGGGAGGGGAAGGCGAUGCUCUGGUUCCCGGGAAGGGGAGAAAGGCUGGGAUGAGUGAGGAAGCACCAGCCGGUGUUAAUCCAGUGCUCCCGGGGAGGGGAGAGCUUGGCUCUUCUCCGCAGGACUAUCCCAGCCUUGUUUGCUCCGCGUGCGAAUAUCCAGGACGAGCUGCCAAAGCCGCCGUUCCCGGCCAGCCGCAUCCCUCCACCGGCUCCCGCCGCUGCCAAAACCCUCCGCGUCUAACGAGCUCUAAAUUAGGUUAUUCAGACACUGCCACAAACACUUCCAAAGGGAGCGCUGAGCUGGAGGAAGGCGAGAAAAAUCCCAGCGCGGCCGCCCCGGGUUGUGCCGCUGACAAAGAGAAGGCGGACACGGCUUCUCCGGGCGGCAGCGGCUCUUUGGGAAUAGCCUGGCUUGGCAAUAACAGGGAAAAGCGGUGGAAUAGGCACCCACUCUCCAGCCCUCACCGCUGGCUGGCGAGGAGAAGCCGUAGGGAGCCAGCAAGAGUUUUGGGGAAAAAACAAAACACACCCAACUAAAAUUCCUUGUGGGUUCUUCAAGUUUUUCCAACUCCUCGUUUGUUUCUGGGUUUUGUGGCUGCUCUUUCUUCCGCUUUGGGUUGUUUUUAUUCUGGAAUGUGACCGGCGAGAAGGGGGUCACGUCGGAAGCGUGACGAACGGGAGGGAUUCGUCAUACGGGGUGAUGAGACUUUCUCAAAAUCGUUUUCCCCUCCCCAAAUAGCUGCAGUUUAUGCAAAUGAACCCAAAGAAAAGGGGACGCGGUGCAUCUGGCUGCCCACGCUGGGUUCUCUCCCCGGGGAGGUGGAGGAGGGAGAUGUCUGCGGUUCCACCCCUGGCUGAACACCUAUCCCGGCUCCGAGGGGGAUCCAUCCCUCACCACAGAGGAGGAUGGUCGCGGUGGCCAGCUGUGCUCAGCGUCAGACCCUCCAGCAGCUGGGGAAGGAAUUGGGAUCAGGUGAAAGCCUGCCCCUACCAGGCUGCUCUGACAGCCCCAGCCACAUCUGCCCUGCGUGGCUGUCUCUUGUGCCUGUACCCAGAUAGUCCCAAAAAGCCUUCUCCAUGCCAGGCUUUCCCCAUCGAGCAGUGCAAGGACAGGAACAGCAACAUCACCUGGUCCUUUGGAGUUUCCAGCCACAGAUGGUGCAACAAGGGGCAACACCCACUUCCAAAAGGGGCUAUUUUUGUCACAGUUCUUCCUCCUCCUCUCGUCAAGCAACACAUUUCUGCUGAAUUUGGCCUUCUGGUGGCUGUCAAGGAACUUCCCAGUGGUGGUGGAGACACCCAGCACUUGGGUCUCUUCUCCAUCAAAAGAGAUGCAGGAGUGUGAAGUGUCAGUGCUCAGCUGGCAGCACAUCCCUGGGAUCACCACAGAAUCCCAGAACAGUUUGGGAUGGGAGGGACCUUAAAGCCCAUCUCAUUCUAUACCCCUGCCAUGGCCAGGGACACCUCCCACUAUCCCAGGUUGCUCCAAGCCCCGUCCAACCUGGCCCUGAACACUUCCAGGGAUGGGGCAGCCACAGCUUCUCUGGGCAACCUGUGCCAAUGCAUCCUCCCUGGAUGCUCCCUUGGAGCACUGCAGCAGGGCUGGCACUAAUUACUCCAGGGAUCAGGACAGGCAUUGUCCUCCUGGUAAAUCAGCUCUCCAGAGGUCUGCUUCCCAAUCUUCACCCUGGGGAAAACCUGAGGGAUCCCACCACAUCUUCCCCCUGCUCCCCACUUCUGGGAUCACCACAGGGAGCUGACAGCAGUUGGUGGGUGCUGCUCCAGGACCUGGGAUGCUGGGCCAGCUAAAGAAGGCAGAGGGUGUGUUUUCCAGGCAUCGUUUUUGGAGGAUAUCACUCGGAUUCCUUCCCAGGGCUGGCUGAAUUUCCUCUCCCCCGGGCCCCAGGCAGGAAGCAGCUCCUGGGUUCACAUUCAGCCCUAGUGAGGGCAGCACUUCAACACCAACCGUCGUCCAGAGCUGAGCUGCAACGAGUUUUACCUUCCAGAACUGGGACUUUCACUGGCACAGCCACAAGCAGUCCCUGCCCUCUCUUCCAGAGAAGUCACGAGGUCCCUUCACGCAGUGUAAGAACUGCAGCCCAUCACUAAAACAUGCCAUGCCGAUGUCUGGCCCCUUAGACUUCCUUUCCCACCCCUCCUGUCAUCUUGAUACUUCCCUGUGCUUCAUGCACACUCAUCCAGCAUAGCAGAGGGGUCUGAAAGCAGACAGGGUUUCGUGCUUAUUCAUCAUCACAUGCAUCCUGCAAGGUGGUGUGCAUGUCGUGCAGUGGAGUUUCUGUGGUUAGAAAGGCCUCUGCUUUUCCUGGAAGAAGCUCUGGGGGCUUUUGCUGCAGUUUGCUGGUGGGAGAGGAGCACUGAUGUGGGCUGGGGUAACGGGGGGUUCAGCAGAGGUACCACCACACGGCAGGGGUGUGGGAUGAGGUGCAGGUAGAAGUGGUACCUGGUCAGGUUGAAUCAUGUCAUAGAAUCACAGACUGGUUUGGGUGGGAAGGGACCUUAAAGCUCAUCUCCUUCCCACCCCCUGCCAUGGGCAGGGACACUUUCCACUAGACCAGGUUUCUCCAAGCCCUGUGACACCCCCAGGGACUCAGCCUCAGCCCCCUGCCCUGUUUUAUCUCCUGAGGGCUCAGCCCCAGCCCCCUGCCCUCUGUCACCCCCCUAAAGUUUCAGCCCCCCUUACCAAUAACUCCCCACCCCGUGCUUGGACCCAACUCCCUUACCCGUGACCACCCCCGGGGCUCAGCCCUGUCCCCUUUCUGGCACUCCCCGCUUCAGUGGGGCUCAGCUCCAACUCCCUCCCUUCCAGUGUCUCAUCCCAGAGCCCCUCCCCCGCACCCCCCUCGGCACUCACCUCCGGCCCCUUCCCCUCCCUCUUCCCGGGAGCCGCGGCUCUCCCGGGGGAGCAGCGCAUCCCCCCUCCCCUCAGCCGCGCUGCGACGGCCGGGGCGGGCCGGGCGGCGAGAAGGGGCCGUCCCGAGGGCUGUGCCCGGCUGUACCGCACCUCCUUCCCUUCUCCCUCCUCCUCCUUCUCCCUCCUCCCUCCCUCCCUCCGCGGGGGCCGCCCGCCCCGCCGGGACAGUCGCCGCCGGCAGCCGCGGCUCGGUGCGGUGCGGGACAUCCACCUCAUCCCGCUGCGGGACAUCCAGCCCAUCUCGUGGCUGUGCGGGACAUCCAUUCCAUCCCGCGACAGUGCGGGACAUCAUCCCGUCCCGGUGCGGUGCGGGACAUCCAUCCCACUCGGCCCAGUGCGAAGCGGGACAUCCCAACGCGGAACGGGACAUCCCAUCCCGCUGCGGCGCAUCCCGGCGCGGGCCAUCCCGAUGGAGACGAAGGGCUACCAGUGCCGCAGCAGCCGCUACAUCGAGAGCGGGCAGUCGGCGGUGCCCAGCUCGGUGCUGUUCGCCGCCGGGCUUUUGGGGAACGUCCUGGCCUUGCUGCUGCUGGGCCAGCACCGGCGGCGUUCCCGGUCGCCCGGGGGUCGCCCGCCGCGGGUCUCGGCGUUCUACGUGCUGGUGACCGUGCUGGCCGUCACCGACCUGCUGGGCAAGUGCCUGCUCAGCCCCAUCGUGCUGGCCGCCUACGCCUACAACCGCAGCCUCAGCGAGCUGGGGCCGGGCGGGCGCGGCGAGGACGAGCCGGGCGUCCUCUGCCAGCUCUUCGCCUUCCUCAUGGCCUUCUUCGGGCUGGCCCCCACCCUGCUGCUGCUGGCCAUGGCGCUGGAGUGCUGGCUCUCCCUGGGGCACCCCUACUUCUACCGGCGGCACCUCACCCGCCGGCUGGGCGUCACGCUGGGGCCGGCGGCGGCCGGGCUGUGCGCGCUGUUCUGCGCCCUGCCGCUGCUGGGCUUCGGGGUGCCCAUCCAGUACUGCCCGGGCACCUGGUGCUUCAUCCGCAUGGCCGGCGGGGGCCCGCGGGAGCUGGGCUUCCCCGUGCUCUACGCCGGCCUCAUGGGGCUGCUGGUGCUGGCCAUCGGCGCCUGCAACGUGAGCAGCAUGAGGCACCUGUACGGCAUGGCCCGCCGGCAGCCCCGCAGAGGGGCCCCCCCCGCCGCCGCCGCCCCCCGCAUGGAGGAGCUCGACCACCUCGUCCUGCUCGGGCUCAUGACCGUCCUCUUCACCGUCUGCUCCCUGCCGCUCAUCAUCCGGGCGUACAUGGGGGCCUUCGCCGCCGACAUCAACGAGAACGCCGAUCUCAGCGCCCUGCGGUUCCUCUCCGUGAACUCCAUCGUGGAUCCCUGGGUCUUCAUCAUCUUCCGCACCUCCGUGUUCCGCUCGUUCGUCCGCAGGGUUUGCCGGAGGCUCCACUCCCGCAAGUCCAGCCUGAAAGGGUCCGACCCGGGCGGUGACGGCCAGUUCUGUCCCCCGGGCUGGCGCAGGACAGAUCCCCCGCAGCUCGGCAUCCCCUGAGAUGUGGCUCUGGCAGAAGCCGGCGGCUGCUGUUGAGGAUAAGGAGCCUUCGGCCCCCCAUUCCUGCCCUGGAGCAUCCCGAGGCAGCACAGGGCGGUGGCAGGGAGGGACAGCGUCCAGCUCGCGGCGAGGGGCGCUGUGAAAGGUUUCUGUCCCCUCCCCAGGCUGCGUUUCGCCCCGGAGAGGAACUGGGGCGGGGCUCCCGGGUACCUGUGAAUUUUCCGAGCAGCAGCGCUUUGUGGAAGGUUUGGGGAGCGCCCGGCUCCGGGAAAGCAGGAGGGGUUCGGUGUGUGGCUUCAGGGCAGGGAGGACACACAGGGAGGAGAACUGUGUGUGUGUCCCCAUCGAAUAAAGUGGUUCAGAGCCCUGUUCCA